AUGGCCCCUCCUCCUGUCCGGCAGUCUAGACUCCCCGCUCCUUGCUCUUUGCUUGCUCUCCCCAGGCACCUUCUACGGUGCAGCGCACUGGAAUCCUUAGUGCACACGCGGUCGUCUACCGGUGGCGGCAGCGGUCGCGUUCUCUCGGAUUACGGUCUUCGUAGAAAGUACUGGACCUUUCUGGAUGAGCGUCAGCGGGGGGACUGGAGGAAAUGGCGGGGCCCGCAGAGGGCAGAGGAGGGAAUGGCGGAGCUGGACAGGGUCCAAGCUUCUCUAUCAGAACAAACUCCUUAUAUAUCGAUAGUCAUAGUCAUGGCCAUAGUCACGGCCACGAUCACAGUCACAAUCACGGCCACAGUUACGGCCACAGUCUUAUGAGUUCUCCCAUGUAUCAAGGAUGUCCGCCCCCCUGUGACUUCUUUACUGGUAGAGAAGACAUUCUGGACGAGCUUACACAGCUAUUUGGAGCUAGCAGCCAGGGUGAUAGGAAAAUUGUCCUUCUCCAUGGUCUUGGAGGGAUAGGAAAAACAGAGACAGCCCUCAAGUUUAUUCAGAUGGCCGGAAACAGGUUGGUUGAAAGCUUUGAGAUUUUCCACUGUAUCUGACAUCACAAAAGGUUCACAGACCAAUUCAAAAUUGAUGCAACAGAUAGCAACACCAUCCAAACAGGCUAUAUGGACAUUGCAAGAAUCAAGAACCUGGAUAUCUCAGUGUCUGAAGCUCUUACUUGGCUAGUUGGCCAUACAGAGGAAUGGCUGCUUCUGUUUGAUAAUGCUGAUGAUGUGGACAUUAAUAUCAGAGAAUAUUUCCCCCAAUGCAAUCAUGGGAAUAUUCUGAUCACAUCACGUAAUCCAGACAUAGGCAUCCAUACGGCUGAUAAGUCAAUCAACAUCACUGAUUUCAGUCUCUCUGAAGCUCUCACUUUGUUCUCAAACAUUUCCAUGGUCAAUGAUAUGGAUGUAGCUGAACAAAUUGUCAAAGUGAGUGAAUUGUUAUCAUUAAUAUGAUUGUUUACUCAAUUGAUAUUAAUAAGGAGCUGCACCUUUUCCCUUUAGCUAUUGUCCAAGCAGCAGCAUAUAUUCGACAGUCUUGUCUUUUGAAAGCAAAGCCCAUGGAUUAUCUAGAGAUGUACAGGAAG